CAAUGAGAUCUGCGAUAAUUCGGGGCCCGGAAACUUCACCAUGUGCCCUCUGUGUGAUCAGCGCUGUUCCUGGUGGAAGCUGGGCAGGUCUUGUAUCUAUUCCAGGGUGUCCUACCUGUUUGACAAUGAGGCUACAGUAGCCUUUGCAGCAUUCAUGGCGCUGUGGUCAACAUUUUUCAUUGAGAUGUGGAAAAGACGAGAAGCAGAGAUCAAGUACGACUGGGACGUCGAAGACUUUGAAGAAGAGGAAACAAUCAGACCAGAGUAUGAAGCUUCAGUCCGAAGUAGAAGAAUUAAUCCUGUUAGCAAGAGAGGACCUAUUGAAGAGCCGUACCUGAGUUUUUCCUCGCGUGUGUGUCGCACCGUGUCUUCACUGUGGAUUAUUUUGUUUAUGUUGUGUGUGGUCAUAGCGGCAGUCUUUGGAGUUAUCAUCUACCGGCUGACCGUCUCUGCAGUGCUGUAUUCAGUGAGCCAAGAGACAAUCCGCGACCAAGGCGGGAUCAUCACAUCUGUUACUGCCUCUCUCAUCAACCUGCUCAUCAUCAUCAUCCUCGGCAAAAUCUACCAGUUCAUCGCUGAGUUUCUGACAAACUUUGAAACCCAUCGCACGCUAACAGAAUGGGAGGACAGUUUCACCCUAAAGAUGUUUCUCUUCCAGUUUGUCAACCAUUUUUCAUCCCUGUUUUACAUUGCUUUCUUCAAAGGGAAAUUGAUUGGCCGCCCUGGUCAGUACAAUCACUCGAUCGGGAGAAGGCAGGAAGAGGUAAUGAUUGUAUGA